AACCCCAUUCCCGUCGCCAUUCCUCUCACCCCUCUCAUCGCCCACUAUGCUAUCCUCGAGUUCGCCAAAUCGCCCACCCGUCUCCCUUUCCGUCGCGCGUCACGUCGCCAUCUCGUCGCCCGUCCCAUCGCCCUCUUCGUCGCCCUCUCUCCCCUCCUCUCCUCCCGUCGGCCUCUCUCUUGCCCCUCCCUACCGAUCGCCCUCCCGUCGCUCGCCCCGUCGCGCUCUCUCUCUCCGCUCCCUUCCCGUCACCCUCUCUCUCGCCCCUCCCUUCCCGUCGCGCUCUCUCUCUUCGCGCCCUUCCCGUCGCCCUCUCUCUCGCCCCUCCCUUCCCAUCGCUCUCUCUCUCUCCGCUCCGCCCUCUCUCUCGCUCCUCCUUCGAAUCGCGCUCUCUCUCCACUCCCUUCCCGUCGGCCUCUCUCUCCGCUCCCUUCCCGUCGCACUCUCUCUCUCCGCUCCCUUCCCCUCGCCCUCUCUCUCGCCCCUCCCUUCCCGUCGCGCUCUCUCUCUCUCUGCUCCCUUCCCGUCGCCCUCUCUCUCGCCCCUCCCUUCCCGUCGCGCUCUCUCUCUCCGAUCCCUUCCCAUCGCCCUCUCUCUCGCCCCUCCCUUCUCGUCGCGAUCUCUCUCUUCGCUCCCUUCCCGUCGCCCUCUCUCUCGCCCCUCCUACCCGUCGCGCUCUCUCUCUCCGCGCCCUUCCUGUCGCCCUCUCUCUCACCCCUCACUUCCCAUCGCGUUCUCUCUCUUCGCUCCGCCCUCUCUCUCGCUCCUCCCUUCGAAUCGCGCUCUCUCUCCGCUCCCUUCCCGUCGCGCUCUCUCUCUCCGCUCCCUUCCCAUUGCCCUCUCUCUUUCGGCACCCUUCCCAUCCUCCCUGA